AUGAAUCUCAAGGAGCUGUUGUUGGUGGGUGUCGUAGUAUGCGUCGAGUCAUUUAGGAAGCGGACUUUCGGCUGUGCAACGGGUACGUUCAUUAAAGGGUAUGUCCAGCACCAAAAGCUGCGUAACUCAGGACAUGUGUUGCGUAUGCUUGAUCAUCGUUUGCUGACGAGAGUGCUGUUUUCCAUGUCCAACUCAGAGUGGCUUAAGCAGAGUGGUGGCCAACCCCUGACUUGGCAGCAGGGUAUGAAUGAGAUUACGAAACGCUUGGGUGCCUCUCGCCUUCCAGGAUGGGGACCGCGUGAUCCCAACUGCGCCUGGUUGGAGACGCUUCAAGUUAUGGCUGAUAACCGAUGUUGUCGGUUUCUAUCCAGAUUGCCUAAAACAGGCACGUGUUAUGCCCGCCGGUAUAGUUUAUCAGCGGCCAAGUAUGAACAGAAUGUCGGCGAAGUGCUUCCCUUAUCCGUCGGUUAUGCGUUCAUGGUGUACAAAUGUGUAAAUGCGCUUCUCACUGGAAUGCUAGUCAAAAGGGUCGUCGGCAUGUUGAUAUAUUUGUGCAUAACCAUGCAAAUGACUUAUAUUUAG